UACAGCGCGCCUGGCAGCCGGCGGGCGCCUCUGCCUCCUUCAUUGUUCUCUCCCUGCAGCAGCAGCAGGAGCGGGAGCAGGAGCAGCACCGCGGGGAGCAGCCCCUCAAGAGGCGCAGCGGCUCUCCCGAUCCCCUUGGUAGACGGAAGGGAAGCCAGAGAAGAGAGAGAGGGAUCGAUCGAGAGAGAGAGAACCGCGGGCUCCUCCUGGCUUCUCCUCGCCCGCCUUCCCCACCCAGGCAGCGCAGUCCCUCCCGCGAGCGAUGACCCACUCGCGGCAGCACUCUGGUCCGCGCUCGGCUCUCUUAGGACGUCUCCACCAGUAGGCGAGGCGGGAGAAGAGGGAGACGAGCGACCCAGUCCCAGGCAGGCAGGCAGGCAGGCGGGGGAGGGUGUCCCCGACCUUCCUUCCCACGCUCCUUGAUCUCUGAGGACAAGGUGUUGCUUUCUUCAGGUGGAAGGAUCGCGCCCCCGCCGCCCUCCUCCUCCUCGACUCUGAACUCCGUCCUCGCCUCUCGUCCCUCGCGGGAUCCGAAAGGACCAUGAGCAGCUGGGUGGCCGCCUGGUUCCUGCUGGGGAUGAGCCUCGGAGCCCCCUCGAUCGCCAAAGGGGAUGUGUGUGAUUCCAGUCCUUGCGAAAAUGGAGGCAUCUGUUUGUCAGGAUUGGAUGAUGACUUCUACUCUUGUGAAUGUCCUGAUGGCUUCUCAGAUCCCAAUUGUUCUAGUGUUGUGGAGGUUGCACUGGAUGAAGAAGAACCGACUUCAACAGGGCCAUGCAUUCCUAAUCCCUGUCAUAAUGGUGGAAUAUGUGAAAUUAGUGAAGCAUAUAGAGGAGAUACCUUCAUUGGCUAUGUCUGUAAAUGUCCACGAGGCUUCCAUGGGAUCCACUGCCAGCACAACGUGAAUGAAUGCGAAGUUGAACCCUGUAAGAAUGGCGGCAUCUGUACAGAUCUGGUGGCCAACUAUUCCUGUGAAUGUCCAGGGGAAUUCAUGGGAAGGAACUGCCAGUACAAAUGCUCUGGGCCAUUGGGAAUUGAAGGAGGGAUAAUUUCAAAUCAACAGAUAACUGCAUCAUCCACCCACCGUGCUCUUUUUGGGCUCCAGAAAUGGUAUCCCUACUAUGCGCGACUGAACAAGAAGGGUCUUGUAAAUGCUUGGACUGCAGCAGAAAAUGACAGAUGGCCAUGGAUUCAGAUAAACUUGCAAAGAAAGAUGAGAAUAACUGGAGUUAUAACUCAAGGUGCCAAGAGAAUUGGAAGCCCAGAAUACAUAAAAUCAUACAAAAUUGCAUAUAGCAAUGAUGGGAAAUUAUGGGCAACAUACAAAGUGAAACGCACAACUGAAGAUAUGGUGUUCCGUGGAAAUGUAGACAAUAAUACACCAUAUGCAAAUUCUUUUACCCCACCAAUAAAAGCUCAGUAUUUACGAUUAUAUCCUCAAGUUUGUAGAAGACAUUGCACCUUACGAAUGGAACUCCUUGGCUGUGAAUUAUCUGGUUGUUCUGAACCUUUGGGGAUGAAAUCAGGACACAUACAGGAUUAUCAGAUUACAGCUUCAAGCAUCUUCAGAACACUCAACAUGGACAUGUUUACGUGGGAACCUAGAAAAGCUCGACUAGACAAACAAGGCAAAGUGAACGCCUGGACAUCUGGACACAGUGAUCAGUCACAGUGGCUACAGAUUGAUCUUCUUGUCCCUACAAAAGUGACAGGCAUUAUUACUCAAGGAGCUAAAGAUUUUGGUCAUGUACAGUUUGUGGGCUCCUAUAAACUUGCCUACAGCCAUGAUGGAGAACACUGGACCAUAUAUCAGGAUGAAAAGCAAAAAAAGGAUAAGGUUUUCCAAGGAAACUUUGAUAAUGACACUCACAGAAAGAAUGUCAUUGACCCUCCAAUCUAUGCAAGGCACAUAAGGAUCCUCCCUUGGUCAUGGUAUGGCAGGAUCACUUUACGGUCAGAGCUCUUGGGCUGUACAGAAGAGGACUGACAAGGAUCUUCACUUAACAGCACAAUUCUCAAUAUUCCUAAAAAAGAAAAAAAGAAAAGAAAAAUCUCCAUAGAAGAAACUGUGCAAAACCUGUAGGAAGUUGAAUGGGUUUUUCAUGAAGAAGUGCUCACUUUCUGAUAGGCCACUGUCUUUUGUAAGGAGGUCUAAGCCUGCCCUCAAAAUGGUCCAAAUCUGAUUUUUUUAAAAAGUUAUUUUAAAUCUGUUCAAGUUAUUACUCUGUUUUGCUGCACAAUUUACCUUUCCAGUUUUCUUCUGAGUUUUUCAUGCUAUCUGAAAUAUGGUUCAGGAUUUUUAAAAAAGAAAAGCAGCAGCAUUUUUGCAAGAAAGAUGAAAGUUGCAUGACGUGAGUUCAUUUGUGACUUGAGAAAGAUCAAGUGGUUUGUUUUCUCCAAAUCCACACUAUCAUCUUACUUGCAAAAAAAUGAUACUGCAGCUUUAGCAAUAAGUUCUUUCUCGGGGAUGGCUGCAUUUGAUUGUUUCCCUUGUGCCUAUCAAGCAUUGUCAAGAUUAAUGACACUUUUUGAACGAAUUUGUGUAGUCUGCAGUCCUCCUGAUAUUACCACACUCUGUGGUCCACACACUCUUGAGUUUCAUUUCCAUUUUUUUUGCCUUUCACAAAACAUGAUGUGGACAUCAUCACUGUCUUUCUAUUUUGCCACAUUAACCGAUGCUGUUUACUUUCAAAGAGCCAACCUGGAUUUUAUGGAACAAAAUUUGCUUACCUGUUCAUUACGAAGCUGAUGGUUUUGUUGAUGAAUUCAGCUUGAAGUGUUCCAUAUAAAAGAUGAUAAAAUGAAAGUCCAUGGGCCAUAAUCCGGAUUUUAAUUAUUGUAGCAGGACACUAGGUACAUAUAUAUGCUACAGCAUCCAUGUGAUCCUCCAUUUGUUUGCUUAUUGAGAUGGAGAUGGAAAAUAGCCUAUUCAAGAAGCCUCCUGUGAUUUAAUGUUGUGAGGUCUAGGACUGCAUUAGAAAACAUACAUGCUUUAAGGAAGGACCACAUGUUCCCUAAACCAUUUAUGGAUACAAGGGAUGUGAUACCGAAAGUUGGGUGGGCAUAUUUUAUGCUGCCUAAAAUUAUUUUAAAGAAUCAGAUCUAUAAAUAUUCUUAAAAUGCCUGAUUCUGAGAAGAUAGUUCUAUAGGAAUCACAAAUGGGAAUAUGUGAAAUGACAGAGAGGGGGGUAAGAGUAUAGAGUGAGCUAUGGACCAGCCUGCAAAGAGUAGAAAUAAGAAGAAUGGGUUGCAAAAGAAAAAGGAAGAAGCAAACAAUCUGCUACUGUAUGCAGAAUUCAGUUCCAUGAGUACAUCAUUUCCAAAUGAGCAUGUUUCCAGCUCUUAGGUUUACAAAGAUUCUGGCACCUCUACUGAUUGGGACAAGAUUUCUGUGCUCUCCCUAAUUUCAUUGUCUUGCAAGACAACCAAAGCACAGUUUGGAUUGGUGGGUUGUUGAAUUGAAAAUAUUUGUAAAUAGGUUUCAGAUGGGGCAAGAAGAUAAACCAUUUACAAUACUGAAAAACAAAACAAGCAGCAAAACAGUCCACAGACCCUGUCUUGGGCAUUCUGCUUUCUUAUACUCCACAGUCCCCAUACUGCUUGCAUUCCAUACUGGCAAAGUUUUCUAUCAUUUUGGAACAGAUAGAAUUACUGGUGAUGGGGUGGCUUUUCAGCACCAUUCCACAUAACUAUCAUGUAAUAACACCAUGAUUUAAUUGUGUGAACCAUUAUCACAGAACAGCUAUCACUGAUGGAGCUUACAUAGACAUCAGAGCAAAAGUCUGCAGGGAAGCAAAUAUUCUCAAGUAUUCAGAUUAUCACCUUAUAACAACCUCUUCAUCUGACAAUCUGAAUUAGCCAUAAUUCUUGUACAUUGACCAUAUAACAUUGACUGAUCUCCCAUUUGAAAAUGCAAAGUAGGUUGAGGCUUAAGUUGAAUGGGCCAAGGAAGCAAUGUUUUUCAGCGUAGCCAUGUAGACAGUCAUCUCUAUGAACAAUUUUAAUGUUUCCAGGGAUGAUAACAUCUUUACCCAGCCUCAGUUUGAGAUCCUCUUGCCAUUCGAAUUAGUGUACAGAUACACUGGCAGAGCAAUGUAUAAAUGACUCCCCAUUUCUGAUUCUGUGCAGCCAAAACUGUGUCAAGUGCAUGUAAAAACAUUGCUAGGGGUUAACACAGGAAUAGGAAUUCUCACACUCCUGUCAUGUUGUUGGACACUUCCAUUAGCUCUAGCAAAUGGCUCAAAAUGCAGGGAAGUUCAACAAUUUCUGGAAAAAUACCAUUGCCAAUCCCUGACUUAACUAUUGGCAUCAUAGCAAGAAUUUCUCCAACGUAAUGUUCUUGCUGGAACAGAAGUUACUAGUAGAUGGUAAUUGCCUCUAAUAAUUCAAAGCACAUUCAUUUUAACAGUGUUAGUACUCUAACCAUUCCUUUUAUAAUUCAUAGAUGUGUUCUCAUAACUAAAAACUUCCAUCAUCAUCAUUUUCUUUCAUUCAUUGCAUGUUAUAGUAGAUGGGAGUGGAGUUGUGUCUCAUUAACUACAUAUAGUAAGCGUUAUUAAAGCAUUGUUUUAUUACUCAAAGAAAACAAGAUGGAGAUACAAGCAUGGACUCUAUGAUCUUAGUGAACAAUGUGUCAUCCAGUAAUUGUAAAGAGAAGCCUGAAUUUCUUUCUUUUUAAAAAGUAAGUCACUAACCUUAUAUAGUCUGUUCUCUCUGUAAAAACACUGUCAUCUGAGUUCCUUGAAAUGCUUUGAGAUAUAGACCUUUCAUGAUCAAGGGAAGUUCUCUUGAAAGCAUCUCUCAAAAAUGGUCAAGUAAAAUAAUGAGAUCUGUCUGCAUAAUGAGCACCUAAUUCUCAAGGUAUAUGUGUUUGCUUGUUUAUUUUCUAAGGCUUAGACAAAGAUAUUCCAAGAUCUCAGUCUGAGAAUCUAAUCAAAGUGAAACAAGUAUGUGCAAGGAACGUUCUGUGGAAACACUGUUGAAUUUAUGAUUUUGUUUUGUUUUUUUCAUUGAAUUUGUGCUGCAUUUCAAAAUCCUCUAGACUGUUACUGUCUUGUCUGUAACUGUGUUGACAUUUCUUAACAAUGUUAUCUAUGGAGUGGUCUUCAAUUGUAGUGAAUAAUUUUAAAGAGAAAGUCAAUCAUAAUUGCAUUUUAAGGUGCAAAUGGCUGAUGGAAUCAGGUUGGUAACUGAAAUAACAUUCAACUUUAUAUUGCCCAUAUUCUUAGGUUCUCUAUGAAGAGGCUGCAAUUCACAUCCCAUUUACACGACAGCAACUCUGUAUAGUUAUAUAGUCCUACUCUAGAGUGAAUAAAUGGAUGGCUGCUACUUUUUUCAUUUUAAGUGGAUAUAUGCUAAAAAGACUUCACUCUUUUACCCUAGUUCAUAGGACCAAAUAUCUGCACUCAUAGACAUUUAGUGUUACAGUAUGUAACCAACAAAGUCAUUUGAGACUUGGAAACCCAAUCUACAGAUGAUCACCCAAAAUAUUGUCGACAGUGUCAGAUUUUCAGUGCUGAGUGGAGAGUAGAUGCUGUUAGUGACAGCUAUCUGUUCAGUACUGUCAUCACAGAUCAGGGAGGGAAUCUGCAUACAAAACAUCCCCUGUGCAUAGGUGGGUCAUAAUCCAGAAAGCAUCAUCUGAGAUGAACCAGAAUAAUUUCCCCCAAGAUCUUACUUUGUUUGCAGAAGGUCAAGAUGACAUAAAUGUCUUGGGGACUAUGAACCUCCCCCUAAUAGAUAUUCUGCAAAUAGAACACUAAGUAAUUCAUAUUUUGGCUCCUGGAUGACUUCUGCUACUGCUAACACCACUUCAGCAAAAGGAGCGCGACUGAAUAGAGCACUUUUGAGCUGAUAGCCAGUAUAUUCUUCUGAAAUGUUCCAUAUUUGUUAGUACUUUUUUCCUUUUUAGAAGAAAUAUAUUUAAACAAAACCUUGAAUGUGCAUUUAACACAAAUGUGUUAUAGUUUAUAGAACAUUAAGAUAGCAUUGUGUUGGGAAAAUAGUCAUUUGCAUUUAUUAUUCUUUUAUUUAAAAUGGUUGUAUUUCCCCCCCUUUCAAUAGUUCAUUUGUCAGCCUUUACCAAUUUGUUCAUAUGAGCCUGAAUUUUAAAAUGACUCCUUUAGACUUUCUACCACACUUGGCUCCAAUUACAUCAUUUAAAUAUUAAGAAAUGUCUCUGACAUUUGUUUAGUAACUACAGUAGAGUCUCACUUAUCCAACACUCGCUUAUCCAACGUUCUGGAUUAUCCAACGCAUUUUUGUAGUCAAUGUUUUCAAUACAUUGUGAUAUUUUGGUGCUAAAUUCGUAAAUACAGUAAUUACUACAUAGCAUUAUUGCGUAUUGAACUACAUUUUCUGUCAAAUUUGUUGUGUAACAUGAUGUUUUGGUGCUUAAUUUGUAAAAUCAUAACCUAAUUUGAUGUGUAAUAGGCUUUUCCUUAAUCCCUCCUUAUUAUCCAACAUAUUUGCUUAUCCAACGUUCUGCCGGCCCGUUUAUGUUGGAUAAGUGAGACUCUACUGUAUGACCACAAUUCAGUGGGAAGUUCUUUUCUGCACACUUUGUUGAAAUAAAUGGGACUGGUAACUCAACAAGACCAACCUGUCAUUUCAUUUCAAGUCAAGUUAGAUGGGAAAUGAAUUGUGUGAUUGCAAUUAAGGUAUUUUUGUAUUUAAAUUAUAACUCUGGGGAAAGCUGGGUAACUUCUAGAUUUUAGGGAGGCAAAAUUAUUUUUCUCUCUUUCUUCCUGUUAUGAUCAUUUUUUAUGACGUGAAAUGGAGGCUUGUGAAAAUCAGUGGCAGUGAAAGAAAGAAAAAUAAUCUGAAUUGACCCUUUUCCCCACAGUUCAGUGGUUGUAAUUAGCAUUAAAAAUGCAUACACACUUAUUGCUUUUGCACAAUUAAGGGCAUGAUUUUUUUAACCCCCAGAGAGGUUUACAAAGAACUGUUGAUUGUGUCCUUUGGAGAUUACCUAAAUUGACUCUUAGUGCUACACAAAACGUUUCUUUGAUUCCCCUUGUCUUUGUGUAAAAUAUGUUCAUGCUACAGGAUUAAUUUUCUAUUAAGAGAGAGUAUACACAUGCAUAGUCAUUAUCAGGCAAUGGCUGGAGUGUACGGUGCAGCCAUCAUUGAUCAAACACCUCAAAUUGAAACUUUAAGAUUGACCACCUCAAACAUAAUACUUUACAAUGCAGGAAGUUCCACACAUUCUACUGUGAGUCAUUGAGUGUUUGGGUAGUUCAGCCACUGUGUGGUAUAUAUGUGUGUGUUUAGGUCAGUCCUAAGUCUACAUAUUACAUCUUAUCGAAAUGGAACUACAUUAUACAGAUGUACAUAUAUUAGAUGUGGUUGUGACCUACAAACUGUUUAAGUGGAGAUGCUUGCACUUCAGUGGGACUUUGUCUAUUCUGCAGCCAGUAUUCUAAGCUAAGUUGUUGGAGACUCAUGGUUGUAAGUUUUAGUUCUCAAAUACAAAUAACUAUAACAGAGAUGCUCCUUGCCUAUUAUAGCAGUGGUUCUCAACAUGGGGUCCCCAGAUGCUUUUUGCCUACAACUCCCAGAAACCCAGCCAAUUUCUGGGAGUUGAAGACCAAAACAUCUGUGGACCCAGAGGUUGAGAACCACUGUAUUAUAGUAUGAAUAUUGGAGAAAUCAGGAGCAAACCAUGGGGUUACUUUUCUCCUCAGAAGUUUGUGAAGUGUUUCCACGUGUCUCUUAAAAAUGAGUUUGAUCUCCCUACAUCAUCUACACACAUCUUUUUCAUAUUUUGUAAGGACAUGUGUGUAACUAAUUUUUUUCAGACGUUCAGUGAAUUGUGGAGGAACAGGAUCAGACUUCUUGCUAUGCUAUAACUUCCAUGCAUUUAUUCAAAGAUUUGAACGCAACAGAGAGUCUGUGAAAUGGGGGAACCAGCCAUUUUCAAGGUUCCCAAUUACACUGAAGGAACCAACAUAAAUAAGAACUUUGAAUAAAUAUGUUCAAUAAUGAGGUGAGGAUAGCAAUUGCAAUCCUAAUUCUCUUCCUCUAUGUUUUCACUACAUAUCUGAAAGGGCCACAGAGAAUAGUCUAUGUGUUGAACAUGCAAGAGUGUGCAAGCAAGACUCUCCUUAGCACCACACAACUCACAGUGAGUAAAUGCUAGCCAGGAUCAUAUAUGAACUUGCCCAAGGGCAAUGAAAAAAAACUACAGUAUGCUUCAUUAGGACAAUUCCAUGGAAGCUGAGAUUUACUUAUUUGCAUUUAGAUUCUGCAUGUUGAUUUCUUUAGAGCCACAGCCUUCAAGCCAGCUAUUCCUGAAUCAUCUAUUGGUUUAAAAUGAAGUGGCUUGGAGGAUUUUUCUUUUAAAUUUUGGAUGGAAAUAUUAUGAAAUUGCCCUUAACUUCUGUAUUCACACUAAUGGUGAAAGAAUUGAAGGGAGAGGGAGAUACACUUAUGUUUACCCAAGAAUUUUUAGUUAUUUUGAGGCAAAUUUCACCUUUCUAUAGCUCCCUGAUUUGCUACUUUUAUAGCCUGGAAAGUAAAACAAUGCACAAGGCUUAUCUAGGAUAAUCUAUUAAGGGCUUCUCACAAAAACAAAAACACACCCCAGUUCUGGUUUUUAGGUUGACUUUCUCUUUUGGAAUGAACGCAUACAAAUUCAUGUGAGUUUUGAAGACUAAGGAUACUGAUGAGUGUAUCUGUGCUAUACCACAAACUAUGAAAUAUAAUAUUCAAUGCUGGCUUCAGAUGUGUCAGUAAGUACAGAAAUAUCUCAGACACAAUGACCUUUGCAACCUUGGCAACCUGUGUAAAGUUCCAAUGUUUUUGUAUAUAUUUAAAUUAUGUAGAAUGAUGUUAAAACAGUAUGACCUCGUCUAGUCUUCAAACUUAACAAUAAAACUUUUGAAAAAUCAAAAA